UCUCUCUCUCUCUUUCUUCAAUCCCGAUUCUGAUCUCUCAUUUAAAUACCUUUCUCUUUCCUUCGAUUCUCUUCUCCUUAACGAUCGAAUUUUGAAUCCUCCGAUGGAUGACGGUGUAGGAGUGAGAGCAGGAUGCAUCCGGAUCAGAUGUCCGUCGCCACGGAGAAUCGUGUCUCGAUGGCUCUCCCCACAGGGGAAGGUCAAAGGAAAAAAGACACCUAUGGCGGAACCAAGGGUGAGAGACUCUGACACGGUGAGGAUCAGAACUUCCUCGGAGGAUGAUCAUCAUAGAGUUGGCCAAUUUUCAGAUUCGCCGCCACCAACGAUCCCUUCCGAAUUGCAAAGAAGGGAAUUUUUGUUCAGCAUUGGCAUGAGUUGUUAUUUGAUACAUUUGAUUGCUACUGGUAGACAAGAGAUUCACAAGAUCGUUGAGCUACGUAACGAUUUAGACAAGUUUUUGGAAUGUCGAAACGAAGAACUGAGGCAAAAACAGCAAGAGUUUGUCGAGUUACGUAACGAUAUACACAAGUUUUUAGAGUUUCACAACAAUGAAUUGAGGCGAAAACAGCUAGAGAAAACUGAAACCUCUGCGUAUUCCGCCACAAGUGAUGUUGUUGAUGGCCCUGAAUCGUCUACUGAUCACUAUUACUCUCCACAGAUCAUACAGACAUCUAUGAGUGUUGGAGGUGAAGGGUCGUUGUCACAUUACGUAUAUAAGCUAGAGAAUGAUUCUGGAGGUGAGAUGGAUCAGCUUGAAGCUGAACUUGAAGCUGAGUUUGAGCUUCUUCAGAUUGGUCAUAACCAGGAGGUUAGUGAAGAUGCAGAAGGAUUAAGAUUGGGACAUGUGUGUCCAGGACUAGUGGAGGAACAACAAGGAGUGUGUCCGUAUGAGCUGGAGAGAAGACUAUACGAGCUCAUGGAGACAAGACAACAAGAGGAGAUAAAGGAGUUAGAGAUUGCAUUGGAUGAUGCUAAACAAAGACUUCAUUUGAAAGAGACAGAAGCUUCUUGGUGGAAAGACACUGCUUAUAUAGUCUCUGAACGUAUUCCAGAACCUUCUAGAAUCACUCACAGCUCUCGAACUCAUCCUUACCCUCUCUCAAGGUGAGAAUUUGGUGUUUCAUAUUUCAUUACAAAAUGUAAAAAACAGAGUAUGUAACUUUUGUGAAAAUGCAACAUGUUUAUUAAUGGAUUUUCUCAAUUCAUUCCAAUGUAAUCAGUAGAGAGAUAUGAGUACCAAUUUGGUCAUGACAUCAUAAAAGCAUAGAGCUUAGUAACUUCUUCCCCAGUAGCUCCACUUCUUGGCUGGCUUUCCUGAUGCAAAGCAUAGAGUCUCUUCUCCUAGUUCAGGCUGCUCAAGAGGAGUACAUAGAGUCUUAGCUCCUCCUCCUCCUCC